AUGGUGCCUGGAGCUGAACGCAAGCUGAGAGAGCACCAGAGGCUUUCGAGCGAGUAUCUGGUUAGGCACACUGCGCCCCCCAGAGGCUUGACCUACGAGCCAGUAGUGACGGACCGUCCGAGCAAGUACGAGGCCGAAUUGGGGCCGCUGCUGAAGAAGACGCCGCCCGACGUGUGCACCACCAACAAGUGCGUGGACUUCGCCGCCGCCGCCGACCUGAACAGCGUCGGCUCGUUCUCCGGGGUGAUCGAGCAAAACUACAGCAGCGCCACCACGCUGGCCGGCCAGACGAUCCCCAUCACGAUAAAAAAUCACAACUCCACAGCGCCAUGUAAGUACGGGACAAUGCCUCACGGAGUGAACCCCACGAUUCAUCAGGGAAUCUUGGGGGUGCAAGAGAUGGGCAGUUCUAGUUCGAACAGUAGUAGUGGGUAUUGCGGUAAAAGUAAGACGUUGCAGCACCAACGAAGGGACGGUAAAAAGUGCGUGAAAAUCGAAACUUUCCAGCCGGAGUUUAGUGGCAAAAGAUCGAACAACACGAUUAGUUACAGCGGCAGUGCGGUGUGA